AUGUUGGUCUAUGAACGGCUUUAUCAUGGAAGCUUAGAUAAGCUACUCUUUGGAAGAUCAGAUGGUCGUUUCAUGGACUGGUCUAAACGUUUGAAGGUUGCCCUGGGUGCUGCCAGAGGUCUAGCUUUCUUACAUGAUGAAGGACCGUUUCAGGCCACGUACAACGAGUUCUCAACUUUGAACAUCCAAAUAGAUAAAGGUUUCACUGCUAAGCUUUCAGGAUAUGGUUGUGUUGGCUUCAAUACCGAGGAGAUAUCUAAUGCACCUAUGUCUGCAGCAAACCUUUCGGUGGAGACCUUGGAGAAGGGUUUACUCACUCCCAAGAGAAAUGUAUGGAGCUUUGGAGUCAUGUUACUGGAGCUAAUAACUGGAAGGAAGAACCUUGAUCCCAAUUAUUCCAAAGAAGAACACAAUAUUUUCAGCAGGAGUAGGCCUUUCCUUACUGAUGAUAGUCACCUAUGUCUUAUCAUGGACUCCCGUAUAAAAGGGCGCUUUCCCACUAAGGCUGCUCGGAUAGUAGCAGACAUCAUUUUGAAAUGCCUGCGUAAGGAUCCAUCAGAGAGGCCUACCAUGAGGGAUGUUGUGGAGGCCCUAGCAAGAGUCCAGGAAAUAAUGGUUCCGUGCAGAUAUCCUCUGCAAGAACCUUUUUUUGUGCUCGAAUUGGGUGGAAGCAGCGUGCCGAGUGGGCCUUGUGCUCGGUGUGUGGCUACUCUUCUAAAUGAAAUGAAGCGCCGGGGCAGUGACUGCAGAUUUGGUGUUGUCACCAUGAUCUGGAAUGGUGGCAGCAGCUGUGUUUGA